AUGGAGGCAUUGAAACGGAAUCUUCAGACAGGGAUGGAGCUGUUGCGAGACAUCUUCGACGAGCUUGAGCGCUUAACAAAUCCCAACAACCCGGAUAUCCUCCGGAGAUAUAUUGCCGACGCAGAUAGUCUUCAAGCAGAACAUGACAAGUUGACGAAAGAAAUCAGCGGGGCGGGGAUUUUAAAGGCCAUCUGGGUUCACAACGAGACGCUAAAGUUCAAGAAUCGUGCAGCGGAACUCCAGGAAAACGUGAAGAUGUAUUGCGACGAGGAAAGGAGACUAGCAUUGCGUAUCGCGAACGGUGCUGUCUUCCAACCUAGUAGCCACGCUGCACCCCUCGAUACUGCUUCUGCAACGGACUAUUGCAGGUAAUGGCCUUGAAGAUGGGAACCCUGAGCAGCAACUGGCUCUUAUGGGCUCGUGACCAGUCAUCACUCUGAUGAUUCGCGAGUGAGGAGCAGGAGCCACCGGGCCAAGGUUGAAGAUGGCGUGGCGGUAGUGUAGAAGAUCAGGCAGAUAUCGUUGAAUCGUGUGAUACAGUUGUAGCGAUAUGAUCGGGGCAGAAUAUCUUGGGUAGGGCAGGAGUAAU